AUGGAUAAAAAUUCAAGGAGAUGUAGAGUUUCUGACGGUUUAAUUGCAAUGCUGGAGCAGCCAGGAAUUGAUUCACUCCCAUUAUCUCUCUUUGAUAUAGAAGAUGGGCACAGAUUGGUUGAUGCAUCAAUCGCUAUAGUUCCAGAUAGAAAGAUGCAGUUCUUGGAACUACUUGUAUCACAACUACUGAUAAAACAAGAAGGGCAUCCCAUUAAAGUCCAUGAUUUAGUUAGGAAAAAAUGCAUAGUCGUACAUAAUACAAUAAAAUUCAACCCAAGAGGUUUUGUAUUUUACGACACUCCAUAUUUGGAAAAGGGUAACAAAGUUUAUAUGCAGAAUACCACAAGGCGCUUCUUUACAAUAUCCUUCUUUUCCAUCGAUUUUUGGGAGUUGGAUCCAUCAAAAAUGAUCCAUGUAAAGAGCAUAAGAAUAAAUGGUAAAUAA